AUGAGAUGCAUAAUUUGCCUGCUAUUCUGUGCAACACUCUUAAGGGGAUACAUAAUAAACGAAGGUAAAAGGGGUCAACCACUCAGCAUUAUGAAGAAAAGAUUUCUGGUGGAUGGGAAAUAUAAAGCGAAUUUUCCUAAUAGGAAGAAGCCCCCACUGAAUAUCUUUAAAGAAGAAGAGGUAGAGGAAAAGUAUAACAUGAUUGACACAAUUAAUAGUUUGUUAGGAAAGGUAAAAAGACAGUUUAAUAUAGAUUUCAAUUUGGAAAAGGAAAAAUUAGCUAAGGAAAAAAAGAAGGAAAGAAGUUGCGAUGAGAUCAACAAGGACAAAGGUGGUCAGGACCCAAAUGAUUCACAUGAUACAAGUGAGAAAAACGAAUUGAAAAGCAUCUUUGGCACCAUGCUCGAUGGAAGUUUUAAAAUAGGUAGGGCCAAUACCAUGUUCAAAGAAUUAAAAGAAGAAAAAAAGCUAGUAGACAAAAAGUACAAAGCAUUAAUAAACAGAAAAAUAUAUCUGAGGUAUAAGCAAUUUAAACAGCUCGAAGAAGACAUAAGAAAUGGUACCUUUAAAUCCCCUUACAAUGAAGAACAAAAGGCAUUUUUACAAAAAGUAAUGAAAGAACAGGAAGAAGCUAUAGAACCUAUAAUAAAAGAAAUAGAGAAAAUCGAAAAAAACCAAUAUUUAAUAUACGAUGAAAAAAAUGAACUUUUAGUUAAAUUGAGAGAAGAUAUCCAAAAAAAAAUAAAUGAAAUUAAUGUAAAAUACCAAGAAAAAGCUAUUCAAUUAGGGAUCAAAAAAAUUAUGGAUGAUUUCUAUGAACAGACAAAAACCCCUUUAGUAUGGGAUUUGACACAGAUGGACUGGCCUAGGGCUGUAUACCCACUAAUCAAUAAUAUGAAGUUAAAAGCUGAUGUCUACUGGGAAUCAACAGUUGUAGGUGGAAACAGAGAACAAAAUGAAUAUUUCAUUACUCCAUCUAAUAUACCAUCCCUAAAUGAAAAAAAAAAAAAACGAAAAGGAAGGGGAGUAGGAAGUAAAAGAGGAGGAUCGUCAGGAAGAGGAAUGAAAGGACAAAAAAGUAGAAGUGGGGGGUCUAUACCCAUCGGGUUUGAAGGAGGACAAACUCCAUUAUAUAGGAAAUUGCCAAAAUUUGUUGCUGCCCCAUUAGGACCAGGUCAUCGUUUCAAUCGAUAUGACUAUGAAUUGAUUCCUCUAAAUUUAAUUAAUUUAGCAUAUACAAGAAGUGGAGAAAAAAAGUACUUGGAAAUUGAUUGGAAUGUUAUAGACAAAUUAGGGUUGAAAAUAGGAAAAUACAAACGAAGACAUCCAAUUAAAGUUGUCGGAUGUAACUUGAAGAAAUAUAAAAUGAAAUAUGGUCUCGAUUUCCAAUUUUAUGCUAAAAAUGUCCUUGUCAAAGCUCACGCAUUUACAGUUAAGGCUGCUCGCGAAAUUAUUAAGCAGGGGGGUAGGUGCCUCUUGUUAAAAAAAAAUACGCACGAUAUUGUUUAUUCAGAAUAUAACCCAGACGAUGAAAAUUUUAACAGAAUUCCACGAAGAAUUGUCUUUUCUGGAAAACCGUCCAAAUAUGAGAGGAAAAUGAAAUGGUUAAAGAGUGUGAAGAUGGAAAACCAGCAAGGGGAAAAAGGUGAACAAGAAGGAGCUACGUAA